CGCAACCGAGGAGUCCCCAAACUUCCCACUGCUUAUUGGUGCUGAACGCAUCAUCGGCUGACAUCACGUGUUACGCUUCCUCGCUCAUCAUCGGCAGGGAUGGCAGUGGGAGCUAGCUAGCUAGCGUCUGACCGCGGCUAACAUCAGCACGUCAACGAACCCCUGGUACUGUGCUCUUGCCGUUUGGGCAGACCUCCCGCCGUUAUACGAGCACUAAAUUCCCGCCGUGAAAUCGCCUCGAAGGCGUGCCAAGUCCCACCGGCCACGGCAGUCGUUACAAGCUGCAUGCUAGCAAAGUUGCUACACCCAGCAACGCCGGGCGGAGGAGGCAGGUCGGUUAAUUCAUUUUACUAUUAAGGUGGCGGAUCCAUGUCUGCCUCUCAGCCACGAAACGGAUUACGAAAGAGCAUAAAUCUUGCAGUUCAUGUUUCGUCAGGAAGUCAGUGUGACGUCUUUUAUUCCGUCUUGUUCGUAUCUUUUCCAACACGAGAAGAGGAAUAUGUCCAGAUAUAACAUAUACAGUCUUUUGGACUGGGCUUACGGCGGCGUGGACCCCAAAUUCGAGGGAAACGGGGGCCCGGAAUGCGCCGCUUUCAUCCUGCCCCAGCAGCGUGUGAGUGAAAGUCUAGUCAUCGUAUUUAUCUCCAUCAUAGAGGUCGUCCUGGCGCUGAGGAAGAUAAACAUCUCCAAAGAACUCAAAGUGAUUGGAAAAGACCUGACAAGGACAAAGGAGGACAGUCUAGGAAAGAACCUGUUGCUGGUUUCGCUGUGCAUGACAUUUGGAGUAGAGGUUGGGUUCAAAUUCGCCACCAAGACGAUGAUCUACCUGCUGAAUCCAUGCCAUGUCAUGACCAUGGUACAGAUCUUCCUACUCGCCUGCCCACCGUGUAAAGUAGCUAUGGUUGUGUUUAGGCUUCAGAUCCACAUGUUGAAUGGGGCUUUAUUGGCUCUCAUGUUCCCUGUGGUCAAUACAAGACUGCUACCAUUUGAAAAGGAAAUCUACUACAUCCAGCACUCCAUGCUGUAUCUUGUGCCAAUUUACCUUUUAAGGAAAGGAGGUGUGUACAAGCCUGAGCCCCUUGGGGACAUGUGGUGGGCCCUCCUCUCUAAUGGCAUCCUGUUUCUCUAUCACUUUGUGUUCCUGCAGGGUCUGGGCCUGCUCACUGAGGUCAAUCUGAACAACAUGCUGUGCCCAGCUGUGUCGGAUCCAUUUUAUGGGCCUUGGUACCGGAUUUGGGCCACAGGCCACCAGACCCUGCUGACACUUGUCCAUGGGAAAGCGCUCACCUUCCUCGCCCAACACACAGGUCCCACUUGCAGAUCCUUGCUGGAUACCGUCCGACUGCGCAACAAGAAGGUUGACUAGAUGUCUAUGUAGAUGCACAGACACAGCCUUUCACUCCAAAUGCCUGCUCGCUCUUUGAGGGAUACCAAGAUUUUAUUUCCUCCUUUAGCAUUCACCAUUUGUUUUUACUGUAAGAAGUGAGGAUGUCAGGGUCAAUGAAUCUGUCAUUUUUUUUUAUUUUUGUGUGUGUGUGUGUGUGUGUUUUAGUUAGCUUGCAUAAAUACUUGCAUGUAUAAACAUAAUAUAAAAAUUGCAAAGCUGGCCAGAUUUAGAUUUUUCGGGGGAAAAUCAUUUUCAAAAUUGUGAAAGCAAAGUUAAAUUCUCAAGCUGCCUUUUUUUUCUUCAAUUUAAUGUUUUUAAGGACAGGAAAUUGGGAAAACCCAUGUCACUACUGAUAUGUAACUGUUAAACUCUCAGCUCUUUAUAUUGUAGUUAUGCUAGUCUGUGAGUUAGUGGGUCAAGGCAGGUAUUUGUAUUGAGAACUUUUUAAGCAGAUAGUGGUAAGAAAACACUCGUUUCCCCUAUCCAGUCCAUUCAGAUCAUUCCGGUCGUUAUGAUCAUGGGACACCAGUUUGUUCUGUUCAGAGUUUCAAAGAACAGUGUUCUAUAGAUUGACCCUGCCAUGACCUUUUUGUUACAAAAAAAUGGGUUUGUGUUUCCUCAAUGCAUUGUAAGUAUGAAUAUUGCAUGUUUGCCAAACUUAGGAAGUUCUUUAUUUUUUUUUCUUCUUUUUUUUUUUUUUUAAAUCUUAGCUGGAAUACUUCAUUAUGACAUGAAAGUGAUGUGUUGCUUGACACUCUACCCUCCCACCAUCCUAUUUUUAUUCCCCUCCAGUCCACCAGUACAACUUAAACGAAAAAAAAUUAAAAGAAUUAUUUAUUUUAUUUUAUUUUUUUAAAAGUCAAACAAUCUGUUUCGUAUACCCAAAACAUCUGCAUGGAGGAGCCUUGUAUUGAGUCUUGGCACUAAAAGGAAGUAUUACAUUUUGUCGAUGAGUGGUACAGCCUGUGGCAUAGCAUUUCAAGUAUGAGGGAUGUGUAUAUAAAUGUAGCACAUAUUUAAUAUAAAAAGGGAUGUCACUUUUGUAUUUUUUAUGAGUUUAUGCGUACUGUGCUGUAUUAAUAAAAGUGAUUUCAGUCUGUCUGUUGCUCAGUGCAUGCCCAUGCCUCUUCUCUUCCAUUUUCAUCCUUAAUCCAACAAAAGCAUAGAGUGUGCUUGUUUAGGGAACAUUAUUUAUUUUUUUACAUUUUAUAUUUCUCCAGCCCAUGACUAAAAAAGUGUUUCAUUGUUGACCAUAUGGUAGGAAUAAAGAUUUGAGUUGGCA